AUGUCUCUUAGUUUAUACUCAUCAUCUCCUGGUAGACUUAAGUCUCUUCUACUCAAAACUCGUCGACUGAAAUUUCAAAAUGCCACCGAAAUUGCAGACCUCAGCGAUCUCAAUGGAAAUCUCAUCACGUAAUUUUGUCAUUUUGUCAAAAAUCGUCAAUAAUAAUGAUGAACCGUCUGAACGCGAACGUAAAAGUCAAUGAUAGCCAGAGAUUAUACAAUCUGUUAAAAACAUAUCACCUAUAUAAUGAACCUUUUGAACAGGGUUUUAAUGUUUAUGAGAAUUGCCAAAAUUCGGCAAAGAGCGAUUUCUUUUUGAACACGCAAUUAAAUCAUUCCGCUACUUUUCCUUUCUGAUUAGUAUCGAUAGGAUUGCUUUUCCAAUAAACUCUCAUACUAAUAACUAUUUCAUCUGAUCAAGUCUGAACAGAACUCGCAGAAUCAACCAAUUUAUGGUUUCUUGAUUGGUUACAAGUUGGUAGAUAGCCUUGAGAACAUUUUCUUCUGCCUACAGAUUUGCCAAUGGCGCUAGUAGGCCCCACAUUUUCAUUCUCUCAAACUAUACGUUACAUGCUCUUCUUUCUCACAAUCCAAGUUUAUUCUGAAAUCUGAAGUUUGGGUUUUUUAAAGUUUUUUUGGGGGUUAAUUUGGCUGUAUAUAAAUACUACGACCACCCAUGACGUGUUGGUGCAGAUAGACGAAGUAACCUCUUUAGGAUCAACAACAAUUGUUCUGAGGAUGACUUAUAUAUGAACUAUUCUUUUGUUUCAGUUGUCAAGGAAAUCGUUUCUGUAUCCUGAUUGGUCUUUGUCUCUUCGUUGUUAUCUUGGUUUGUGUUCAAAUGAGGCUUCUGACUGGAAUAUACAAGGGGAUAUUGGUGGAGAAGUUCUAUAAAAAUGAUCAUGAGCUGAGCCAGGAAAAUAGCCCUUUACAUACAAGAGGAAUGCGAGGCCAACACGAAGAGAAGAAGCGACUGAAUGUGAUAAUUCUGACCCAUAUGAGUUCCGGUUCAUCUUUCACCGGGAACAUUUUCAAUUUGCAUCCAGAUGUGUUCUAUCUUUACGAACCCCUUCACGAUUUAAGAAAGGUUGAAUAUGAAGAAGACUGGAUUCCGUUGAACAAAACCAUGAACGAUGCGUACAAAAUUGACUUUUCCAAUUUGCUUCGGGACCUGUUCACGUGUGAGUUUAAGGAAGAAACAACUCUGAGGAGAAUUUUUGCUGAAUUUUUGAAUGUGCCAAAGCGUAUUGCAUUUAUGUAUUGGCGCUUAUUGAACUCAGAAAACACAAAUGAAACGGUCAGGAAAACUUGCUUAACUAAGCAUAUAACAGCAGCAAAAAUCAUGCAGACAAGGCUGCCACGUGAAAUCGGAAUACAAGAACUACAGAACUUCUGUGGUUCCAAUGGUAUGAAGUUCAACUGUUUGUUUAUCCACCUCGUGAGAGAUCCCCGCGCAAUGCUCUCUUCGUUAUUGAGGCGUAAAUUUUUUAUUCGGGAUUCCAGAAAUUUGAUGUUUUCAUCAAGAAACUUGACUUCAGCGGCUGCGGAAUUUGUUAAGAAAAAUGCGCAAUUAUUAUGCUCGCAGGUUGCUGACAAUUUAAAUUAUGUCAAGCAAAACUGGUAUAACUUUUACGACCGUUACACGCUCUUGCGUUAUGAAGAUAUCCUCACGGAUCCUUUAUUCGCAACGAAGAAGUUGUAUAAUUUUGUUGGUCUUCCAAUGGUUGAAUCUAUCUACAAGUGGAUCGUGGGAGGUAAACAAUUUGUUAACACGACUGGUUCCCAGUUCUCACAGAAGAUUGUAACUAGAAUUGAUCACUGGAGGUCGGAACUAGAUCCCUCUCUGGUAUAUUUAUUCGAGGAGGCCUGUAAACCUCUAAUGAAACUAAUGGGAUAUAUUUCUAUAAAUGACCUUGAUCAAGCUGAGCAGAAGGACAGUCAGUUGUUAAUUACUGAAGAAAUACCAGUUUUGGAGGAGUUGCCAUUCAUGAAAUAUUGA